AUGAUCGACACAAAAAUAAAUUCUGUGGAUAGGGCUUGGCCUAUAAUGAAUCCAGAUUUGAAAAUUGAAGUGUCAUCACAACAACAACAAACAUCAGGACAACAACAAGGAGGGGGAGGAGGAGGGGGACAUGUAGUACAUGUUAACCCUAAAUUUCUCAAUGGAAAGCAGCCAACAGGUGUUAAACAAGAAAAUAAACAACAAGAAAAACAACCAGAAAAAAAGAAAAUACAGCCUGACAUUAAUGGUUACAAUAAAAUUAUUAUUUUUGUGUUGAGAGAAAAAAAUAUUUUUUAUUUUUCGGAAAUUUUGUUUUUCGAAGAUGAAAGAUUAAAACGUUUAAAUUUGAUCACUAACAAGCCACCUCAACAACCUUCACAACAACAACCAUCACAACAUAAAGGAGGAGGGCCUCCAACCAAGCGUCCUAGAACAACAACAACUGCUCAACAUAGCAGCAGUAAUGUUAGUAAUAAAUCAACUCAACGGUCUGUCAAGCCUCAACAACCUCGAGUUUCUAAACAAAAUGUUCUCGAGCCCUCCCGGGCUCUGGGUGCUCACGCAUUCAAUAUAGUGAUGAAUUCUCAACCUACACCUUCAUUACAACCCCAAAUAGUUCACCCACCCCAACAACAACACUUUCCACCACCACAAAUACCAACAUCUAUUGCUAAUCAGCCACAAUUAGUAAUGAUUCCACAAGUUUCUAGUGCCCCUCCAACAAAUUUGCAACAACCGCCACCGUUUAUCAAAGAAAUUCCUCCACCUCAAAUAACAACGAUGACUGGAAUUCCUCAACAUAACUUUCCUCCUCCAACUCUUCAAAAUAUUCAACACAACAUCCAAAAUGUUACCCCGCGUUUACCCGGUGUUCCAGAAAACAAUCGGAUUUUUGUUGAUGGAAAGGCUUAUGAGGUAUUUUAUCUCGACCAAAUAGCAGUCAUUGAACGGAAUGGUCUCCCACAUCGUGUCUCGUUUGCUGGUCCAUCUCGUAAUGUAAUAAUUGAUAAAACAGCAUAUUGCAUGUCUUUUGGAGAGCCAAUACAAGUUUCAAUUGAUGACCAACUCCAUAUUUUACGUUUUGGCGGUCCUUCACGUGAACUUUAUAUGGGCAACUUUCCAUUCAAAGGUGCAUUUGGAGGUCCAUCAAUUAAAGCAUCUAUUAAUGGGAAGAUGCAUGAAAUUAGUCUUUGUGGCCCUCCUCCAGAAGUUAGAAUUGACCCAGAACCGAGUUACGAAUUAAUGAGAUAUAUGCCUGCAAUUAGACAACAACAAAUAAUACCUCAACAAAUCUCAAUAAACAAACUUCAGCAGCCUAAAGCGGAAGCAAAAAAGGGUGAAAAUUAG